ACCAUGAGUCGCAAUAUCCUGCCAGCUUCCGCCACUGCAGACCAUGCCAAGCCCUCCUCAUGCGCUGCACCUUCACCAACGGUAGCUAGGUGGCAACCCGCCAAGGUCAAAAGACUCGCUGGCUCGGCAUGUGAGUACUGUAGGAAACGAAGACGAAAAUGUAAUGGCGAACAACCAUGUCCCCUAUGUGUGGACAACCAUCAGGAGUGUAUCUAUGAGGUUACAAGAACGGAAACUUCAGGUCAAGCUAUGAAGAGGAAACACGCUCAGAUGCAACAAGACCAUGACGAAUUGAAAGCUCUCUUCAACGUUCUUGCGACAGCCGACAGCCAGAAAAGUCUCGACAUUCACAAUCGGAUCAGAGCUGGACAAUCGCCAGCGUUCAUUUUACAGCAACUAAAGCAUGGAGACAUGUUGAUCCAAACCAAAAUCAGCUCAGAAAGGCACGUGCGGCAUGUGUUGCUUAGUAGCCUCAUGCAGACAAACGCUUCUUUCGAUGAGAUGGUAGAAUUUGUCGGCUCGUCCAUUGCGAAAACACCCAGUACAGAGAUUCCCUCCGCAGCACUCUUGCGACAACUCAGAGGAAAGCAAACAAAUUUGAAAGGAUUUCGCAACCUACUUGGCUACCCUCAGCCUUCACCGCCGCAGCGCCGGAUAGCCAUAUCUGAUCUCUUGAGCGUUCAAGAAGGUGCGCCUUCCGAGACUGGAAGCUUCAGCUCGGCUGAAGACGUGGAAGACGACGACAAAGAACCAAGGGAACCUCCUGUCAAGGUUCGGGCAAAGCCUUGGACUUUGAUAACGGACGAUGACGACCUAGUAUCUCAUCUCAUCUCCUUAUAUCUUGAAUAUGUCAACCCAUUCUUCCGGGCUCUGGAAGAUGAUUUAUUUGUUCAAGCCAUGCAAUCUGGAGAUCUGAACUCGGAAUAUUGUUCACCAUUUCUGGUCAAUAGCAUUCUGGCUCUUGCCUGCCCUGAUGAUUACAUAACUCGAGGACAACACUUCCACGAUGAAGCAUUUCGGCUCUGGCAUCUUGAAGAAGGAAGAGCAUCUCUCAGAAAUCUGCAAGCACUCUCUGUGUUAUAUCCUGGCUGUAUCCUAAGAGGAAAGGACAAGUUAGGCGUGAGCACGUGUGCUGUAUUAACACAACUGGGUCGGAGUGUGCCAGAUACACUACAUCGGCCCUCGUCUAUGCCUGCACCGACGCCUGAAGAAAUCAGGGCCUAUGAACGAGUCAGAAAGGGCUCGGCCUGGGCUGCUUUCGCGUGCGACAUGGCGACUGCAAACACAAUAUUACAACCAGCAUGGCAUACAACUUGCAAAGAAGAUUUGCCUACUUUGGACGAGCUACCAUCAACAGAGACAUCACAUGUAUGGACCGGUUAUCCAUAUCACAACAAGAACGACUACCUCGACAAGAACGCCAUGUGGGUUGCUCAUUGCCGACUAAUACAGCUAACUUGGAAAGCACAACGACUUUUGUAUGCUUCAGAUCGUAGCGAUCCACAAUUCUCCUACCAUGUCCAAGCGUUAACUGAAGAAAUGAAUCACUGGAAAAACACAUUACCAGACAGUCUUCAUUUUCAAGGAAGACUGCCGGCACCAGUCUCUUGCUAUGCAAGUGUGAUCAUCGCACUGUACUCGCUCUUCCGGCCGCUAGGAAAUGACCGACUUGUCCCCUCGGAAGAAACUUCUGAAGUCCGUCCCAGGCAAGGCUACAGAUACCAUCAGGAUCUCACUCCACCAUAUGGCACGCCAGACAUAACAGAAGGCAAUGCCCAGGAUUUGUUUGCUCGCACUAUGAGUGACCGUGCUCUCGCCACUGCUCACGACCAUGCGGUCAGGCUGGGCAGUUUCCGACACCACUACGGCUUGAAAAUUACGCCGCCAUACUUUGUCCAGGCAAAUGGUGUAGUCUGCUUCACUCUACUACAAGACCUCGACAACCCUGCUUCUGCCGCUGCCUUCAAAGAGGCCUUUCGUUGUCUGCUAGGUGCUGGCAUGCAGUUGCUUUGGGCUAGGGGUAUGGCUAGGAUGCUGCAUCUGACCGCUCAAAAUACCGGUAUAAGGUUCCCAAAGCCUAUAGAGACGAUGCUGGAAGCAGUUGCAGAUACUGCAUGGACGAAGAGCGACACCGAGAUGUUGAGUUCGUGUUGGCCCAAUAUUGCCAUUGCCAAAGAUGCAAAGGCGGGAGAGAGCGUUACCAUGGAAGAUCUGAUCAAGAAAUGGGAGAAACUUGCUGUUGACGAGGAAGAAGAAAAGGGGAUAAAACCAGGGACUUGA